AUGGUUGACGUCCUUACCGGCACUUUUACCGUAAAAUCUGGCCAUGCCCAAAUGCUGAAGGGCGGCGUCAUCAUGGACGUUGUCAAUGCAGAGCAGGCCCGCAUCGCUCAGGACAACGGCGCGGUAGCCGUGAUGGCCCUGGAACGCGUACCGGCUGACAUCCGCGCCGACGGCGGCGUGGCACGCAUGAGCGACCCGACGAUGAUCGCCGAAAUCAUCGACGCUGUAUCCAUACCCGUCAUGGCCAAGUGCCGCAUUGGACACUUUGUAGAGGCUCAGAUCCUGCAGGCAAUGGGCGUUGACUACGUGGACGAGUCGGAGGUACUGACGCCGGCUGACGAGAUGCACCACGUGUGGAAGCACGACUUUACCGUGCCCUUCGUGUGCGGUUGCCGCGACCUGGGUGAGGCGCUGCGUCGUAUCUCCGAGGGCGCUGCCAUGAUUCGCACCAAGGGCGAGGCUGGCACCGGCGACGUGGUGGAGGCCGUGCGCCAUAUGCGCGCCGUGCAGGACGCCAUACGCAAGCUGCAGAAUAUGCCCGAUGACGAGUUGGUGGUGGAAGCUCGCGAUUUGCGAGUGAGCCUGGAUUUGCUCCAGCAGACCCGCGAGGAAGGACGUAUGCCCGUGGUCAACUUCGCCGCCGGCGGAGUGGCCACUCCCGCCGACGCUGCCCUCAUGAUGCAGUUGGGCGCCGAUGGCGUGUUCGUUGGAUCCGGCAUCUUCAAGUCGGGAGACCCGGCCCGCCGCGCCCAUGCCAUUGUGCAGGCUGUUACUCACUACCAGGAUGCCAAAAUCCUGGCAGAGGUAUCCAAGGACCUGGGCGAAGCAAUGGUCGGCAUCUCCACGCGUUCGAUUCCCGCAGAGCAACUGCUCGCCACCCGCAGCAUAUAA